AGGUUUUAUUUUCGCCGGAAGUAUUGAUAUUAGCUCCCUUAGAAUUUCUUUUUUUUGAUUGGGACCAGAAACACCGUGGAAUUGAGGGCGGGGAAGAAAGAUCGUCCUCUGACCCUUCAUCAUUCAUAUUCUAUCUCCUUUAAGUUACAGUCAUACUUUGCUGUGCUGAUCGGAUUCGGGGAAACCCACAAUGCAGCCAUUUCUCAGAAACUGAACUGAGAUGUCACUUGCUUCUCUCUUCACCGGUGAUUACUCACCAACGAUGCUUUUUCCCAACAAAUAGCAAGCUAGCCCAAUCUAAAUGAUGGAUUCCAGGGUUCGAGGCAUUGCUGAAACACUUCGGCUAAGAACUGCACAGGAUGCUUUGGUGGCCACACCAUCAAAUACCUUGCCAUCACUUGAAGUGCAGCAAUGUCUUGCAUUUGACAACCCUUAUAGUACACUUGGACUACAAAAGGCUCUUCCACCCAUGCCUCAUGACGAGCAGUCUAUUGGCUUAGACAACUACAUGAGCAGUGGGAAAGUAUGGAUGCCAAAAAAUAAGAGAGACACAGAGUUGGUGAUCACUCAUCUCAUGAGGGGGGUGAAGGAUGGAUCAGCCAGUUGUGGAGUUGUCUUACACAAGGACUUCAAUGUACAUAGCGUGCACUUUGAAGAAAACCAAUUCCAAGAACUGGAACAGAGAGGUGGAGGGGUCAGUGGUCAUGUGACAGCAUAUAAAGACAACUCUGGCAAUAAGUUUGUCAGGAAGCACAUGAAGGAUGGGAAGAAGCUUCGUGAACAGGAAGUGAUAUCAAUGAGGAAGCUGUGCCAUCCCAAUAUUUGUAAAGUCUAUGCACUCGCUUGUCAUGCUGGGUCUGUGGACAUCAUGAUGCAAGAUGCAGGUCGAUCCCUGUACACUCGUCUUCGUGAACUGCGAAAUAAACUAGGGCCUGAAACAGGAUCACAGUUAUACUAUGGGGUGGUGCAGGAUCUGGCCUGUCAGGGCUUCCGAGCUCUUCACCACAUGCACAGACGCAAGGUGUAUCACCUAGAUCUCAAGCCUGAUAACAUUUUGGUAGACUUGACCUCACACAACCAGCUUCACCUCAUGCUGGCAGACUUUGGUUCCAGCCUGAUAGGCGAUCAGAUGAUGUCGUUUAGCAUGCAGCUGACACCAGAAUACUGGGCUCCCGAGCUAUGGCAGCGCCUUGCACCCUGUCUGCGUUCUAAGGAUGACUACAACAAACUUCAGAAAGAACAGUUUCCACCCCAAGCAUCAUUUGACACUUAUGCAAUGGGACUGACAGUCUAUUUCAUGUGCACACUGCGCCAUCUUCUGAAAGUUCUGGAAGCAAAAUUUGUAGGCACAUCUAAUGACACUCAAAAGUCAUUUCUCUUCAAAGCUCAGCUGAUGACUGAACAUGCUCACCGCAUUGCUGGCUGGGCCACUCAGGGGCCCUUUGUAUAUGAUGAGCCACUGCCCCUAAUCUUGCAGGAGCUCCUGAAAAACACUCUACAACCAGACCCUGAAAAACGUUGGACAGACUCACAAGCAGUGGAGUGGCUUUCUGGUAAGCCAGUGAUUGAUGAAGAUGAAGAGGAGGAAGAGAGCGAAAACGAAGAAUUGCAGGUGCCAACCCAGGUUCAUGAUACAGUCUCAGGGUAUACAGGUGAAUCAAUGGUUGUGGAGGAAGAUGUCUGGCAGUCUGCGGUCACAUCAUUCCAUGAUGGAGGAGAUCAUCUCUUUGGAACAGCAAGCUUCCAGUCUCUGCAAGAUCAUGAUGUCAAAGGUCAACAAAAGCUGGGCCUGCUAGUGAGAAAUGUUCAACCCUCACAGGAUGUGACCUUCCAGGCUAGUAAACAUGAGCUUGUUGCCGGAGCCCCCACAAACCUUCCAACUACUUUCCGCCAGAACGUGGUGGUUCCUGAGGCAAAACAGAACAUGGUGCUAGAAGGUUAUUAUACUGUGCAGCUAAACGACACUUUUGCCCUUAUGGAGCUGGAUGAGGUUUCUCCUGCUGCAGACCAGGGAGUUGACCUUGACCUUUCUCUGCGUGUGACCACUUCACAGGAUUGCAUACCAGAUGUAGCAGUUCCUGUGGGGCUUUGCCAAGCAGAAGAGAAGCCAGCUUGGAAACCCACCCAGUUUGGUGUGCAGCAGGCUGGAGAUGUGGCAUUUGCUGGUGAUGCUCUUGGUAUGCGGAGAAACAUGAAUGUCGGAACUCAGCCCCUUCCUUUUGAAGGAGGAAAGGGUACAUUGGAAACCCCAGUCCAUCCCCUUGCUCCUCCUGAUGGUGUAAAUAGCAUGCUUCCUCCUAUAGCUCCCCUUGGGAAGGGUGGCUCUGCCCGUGCACCCUCUAAGGCAGUUUCUAAGAAAGGCAAAACUGUUUGCUCCAAGGGUCAUGCACAUCCAUAUGGCAUAAAAUCAGCCAGUGGUACAGGCAAGCACACAGUACCAUUAAGUAUUGGGAAGAAAAUGAUCUUUUACCCUGGGGUUGUGGAUAAGCAGCCAAGCCCACAAAGCGACUUGCCUCCUGCUACAUUCUUUGUGGCUGGCAGUGCUGCUCCCACACCUUCUGCACGCACGAUGCAGGAGGUGCCUGCUAGAACCUUGCAGCCCAUUACAAGGGCUGAAGAUGCUGUAGUAGCAGUAAGAAUGCCUCGUGGUUCCUCUGCCCGCUACAUUAACCCCUGGUCUGUGGAGGCAAAUGAGCAGGCACAGCCACCAUUUCCUGUCAGUGCGCCAGUUCAAGAGGCAUUUGGUGCGGCACAAGGUUUCCUGCCUGAAGUAUGCUCCACUGUCAUGAGGGCAGUACAAGUGCAGCCACAAGCUGCAUUUGAACUUGGUUCCUUUGCAGAAGAGUCGAUCCAACAGCAGGCUGGAAACAUACCUUUUUUUGGGUUGCUGCUUUGAGCAGUGCUUUGGAUCCACCUGGUUAAUGCAGCACCAGUGUUUUUGCCAUGGAGGAAGCUAACAAGCAUUUUGCCUGGUUGAAAGUCCAUAAAUACAAGAGAAAAAAAAAUAGCACUCCUUAUGUAAGGCAAAUGUAUUAACCAGGAAAGUCUCUUUUUUUUCAUUUGCUUUUGCUUGCUCUGCGCUUAAUUUUUACUCUCAGUCGGUCGUCUCUUCAACAGUACGUUUUCUUGUGUGAAGCACAUGGAUAGAUGUGGCAGCUGACAGGGCCUACCACUCUGGCCUAUUUUGGACAAUAGUAUCAACCACCCUCGAUGGACAGUCUUCAACAAGGUGUCAUGCUGGAUCACAUUCCCAAAUCAGACCAUGUUAAAUUGCUUGACUGUUGCAAGUAGAGGUUCCUAGUGUCCUAUGAGUGUAGCAACCAUGCUUUGUUGGAAGUCAUUGGUUUUAUGUUCUUUGUAUGAAAACUUGCUCUCAGAUGCCUGGAUUCCUCUUUCCAUGUUGGUGGAGUCCCCAUGUCAAAUCUGUCAUAAUUAUCAUUUGAAACUGCUUUGAUAAUUCUUGUUAACAUGUUUAUAUGCUCUGUUAAUUCUUGAUGAGGAAGUGCACAUCCUUCAAAGCAGGCUUUAGGAAACAUUUCAAGUUGGAGUGAAAUGUAAAACUUUGUAAAUCUCAAAGGAAGGAACAGUUUAUCAGGGCUUGAAUGUUUCUGAGGAAUUCCGACCACCCCAUCAGCAAUGCAGUGAGGAUUGGCUCUCUGGGGUCCAGAUCUUGUCUCGAGCAUGCUGUCGUUUCUGUGCAUGUGCCAUCUGUUUACAGGGACUGGCUGCUUUGCUGCGAUAUAUAUCCUUAGUUGCUGUCUUGGUGUAAAACACCAAUGCCCCUGCUCCUUCACUCCGUAAGUUUCUACAUGAUAUGAAAGUAUUUUAUCACAAAAGAUUUUAUUGGGGUUAUUGUUGGAGACAUAGAAUGUCACUUCAAAAAAUGUACAUGAAAGUAAGAUUCCCCCCCACACACACACUCCCCUAUGAAACCACUAUUUUUUUCCUUAUCACAAUUUACUUAAUAUUUGUAUUUUUAACAUGUGCAGUUGUUAGCACGUCAUCAGUACAGUGGGAAUCGACUGUCUUGGCUUCAGAUCUCAUUUCAGGCAUGCUGUUCUUUCUUUGCAGUUUUGCAGUGAUAUAGAUACUGACAGCAUAAAGCACCAGAAACCCUGCCCAUCCCCUCAUCUUGCCUUUUUUAAAAAUCCCAUUUGAUGUAGAAACAAUAAGGAAAUCCAUUGUUAUAUACUUUAUUGAUCAUCUUGGCUAGAUGCAAAGCUUGAUUAUUACGGCUUUUUUGUGUGCCAUUUAAAGCCUGGUUAUAUUUACAUCGUAGUCCAGAAAACAGUGCCAUAUUUUUUUCUAUUUAGUUGUUGAAGAAGUGUCUUUUCGUAGGUUUGUGUGUUUCUACUUUCAUCACCUUAAGCAGACAAGAUUUGUUUAUGGACAGCAAAGACAUUUUCAGGUCUGGAAGAGCACAAUUAUGGAAACCUUUUUUAAAUGGCUGAAAAUUGCUUCUUUCAUUUGUUAAAAAGAUCAUAAGUAUUAUCAUUUGUCAGGUUUGUUUGCUUUGGAGCAAAAUUAUUACAUUGGGGUUUUUUUUAUUGAUUUUUAUAUUCUUUAUAUAUUUGGCUAAUUGUAAUGCAUCUAAAAUAUUUUUGUAACUUUUAGUCUUUCAGGCUUGUGGCCAUUUUUAAUUCUUGGAUCAGCUUCACUUGUGACAUGCAAAAAGUUGAUAAUGAAGAAAUAUUGAUUGUAGUUAGUAAACUUUUUCAUAUACUUCUCAAGUGUUUUGAGUGACUUUAUUUACAAAGUAGCACAAGUACAAAGAUAGGAAAACAAAUGAUUAUCAAGAAAAUAUUUACAAGAAGAGACACUUUAUGAAAUAAGUGUUGAAAACAAUUACUGUUUUUUGUGUCCUUGAAUGUAUACGAGUCCUGUUGUCUAUACAAGAUGUCUAGUAAUGUAGUAGUAGUUUUGUUAAUGGGUUAGUGUUUAUCUUUGCAAACAGUAGAGAACUUGUACAUCAUAUACACAUCCCUUCAUGUUUACUUUUAUUGUGCGAAGCCUUGUCAACUAAACGAAAUGAGAUCAGAAUUGAAUAUGUGUGAACUGUGGAGCACACUGCACAUUUUAAUAGUCAGCUGUGUUUCUAUUCCACUCAGCAUCAUGUUAUGAAUAGCUACCUACAGUAGAACUGGUUUUUGUUGCGCUGAUGUCUUUGCAACUUGCAGCUUUUCACCUUUGCACAUUUUCUGCUGAUGCUUCUGCUCUUCGCUAAUGAAAUAAAAACUUAAAAAUGUCA